ACAAACUUUACUUAUCUUGUUGGACUCUGCUGCUGCUGUUGCUGCUGCCGCUACCAGAAUAAAUUUAACAAAAUUGUCUAAAAAAAGACAAUUUUGCAGCAAGUGUUGGUGUUAGUAAGUUAGAGAAGAUGGUGAAACUUACGCCUGAACUUAUCCUUCAGUCUGCACAACAUAUUAAUCCUUUACGGGAUAGAGAACUGAUUCUCAGAGGUUAUAAAAUUCCUGUUAUUGAAAAUCUUGGUGCAACUCUAGACCAGUUUGAUACCAUCGACUUUAGUGAUAAUGAUAUCCGGAAGCUUGAUGGAUUUCCACUUCUAAAGAGGCUUAAAACCUUGCUUUUAAAUAACAACAGAAUUGUUCGAAUUUCAGAAUCACUAGCAGAGACAGUGCCAAAUCUCCAGUGCUUGUACCUGACUAAUAACCUAGUACAGGAGUUAGCAGACCUGGACAACAUGGCAGGGCUCAAGAGGCUGGAAUUCGUUUCCCUGCUGGGCAACCCCGUCACCACUCGUGACCACUAUCGUCUUUAUGUCAUCAACAAACUUCCACAGGUUCGCGUGGUUGACUUCCGCCGGGUGCGAUUGAGGGAGAGAGAAAUGGCAAAAAAACUUUUCAAGAGUAAAUUGGGUAAAGAGAUUCAAAAGGAAGCAAAGAAAGCCAGAACGUUUUUGCCUGGUGGUGGUAGUAUCCUUGAUGCACGACCUACUUUAGGCCAAAUGACGGCAGAGGAUCAAGCUGCCAUUCGUCAAGCCAUAGCCAAUGCUCGGUCAAUGGAGGAAGUGGAGAGGCUUCAGCACAUGCUUCGCACUGGCAACAUACCCAGCCGAUCACAGAGUGCAAAACGCAGGCACCCAGAUGAAGAGGAUGAUGAUUGAACUACCAUUAUUAUUUUGAAAAAAAAAAAAAACUUCAUUUUAUAAUACAGUGGACCCCCGCAUAACGAUCACCUCCGAAUGCGACCAAUUAUGUAAGUGUAUUUAUGUAAGUGCGUUUGUACGUGUAUGUUUGGGGGUCUGAAAUGGACUAAUCUACUUCACAAUAUUCCUUAUGGGAACAAAUUCGGCCAGUACUGGCACCUGAACAUACUUCUGGAUUGAAAAAAUAUCGUUAACCGGGGGUCCACUGUAUAAUGAUUUCAGCUAAUGUUAUAUUAUGGUUUGUGCAAAUAUUUUUUAUGGUAAGUAUAACAAACGUUUUUAAUGAGGUAUUGCAACAUUGUGUUGAUCCCAAUAAUACAUGCAAUGAUAAGAACAGAUACUGGCAAUUGCUGUGUUUAUUGGCUAUUAUAUCUUGUAUUUGCUAUUAAGAGUUUUGUAUUAGUCUCUUCGGAGAACAAAAGUAAAAAUACUUUUUUGACUAUUCACAUGAAUGGCUGAGAAGUGAAUCACAGAUAGUUUUUUUUUUAUGCAGAAUAAAAGUUUGUAGUAAA